CCGGCGGGUAAACAUCGGCCCCCGCCGCGGGCCCGCCCGCUGCCAUUAGCGCGGGGGCGGCGCCGCGCUCGGACCGGGCGGGAGUACAUGUUACCAUGGCGAUGACUGCAGGGACUACAACAUCCUUCCCCAUGAGUAACCACACCCGGGAGAGAGUGACGGUGGCCAAACUCACGCUGGAGAACUUCUACAGCAACCUCAUUAUACAGCACGAGGAGAGGGAAACCAGGCAGAAGAAGCUGGAAGUGGCUAUGGAAGAGGAGGGCCUUGCAGAUGAGGAGAAAAAGCUGCGCAGGUCACAGCACGCCCGCAAGGAAACGGAAUUCCUGCGGCUCAAGAGGACCAGGCUCGGCUUGGAUGACUUUGAGUCCUUGAAAGUCAUAGGAAGAGGAGCAUUUGGGGAGGUUCGCCUUGUUCAGAAGAAGGAUACAGGUCACAUUUAUGCAAUGAAGAUACUGAGAAAAGCAGAUAUGCUGGAGAAAGAGCAGGUGGCACAUAUCAGAGCAGAAAGAGAUAUUUUGGUUGAAGCUGAUGGAGCAUGGGUAGUGAAAAUGUUUUACAGCUUCCAGGAUAAAAGGAACCUUUACCUGAUCAUGGAGUUUUUACCUGGAGGUGACAUGAUGACCUUACUAAUGAAGAAGGACACUUUAUCAGAGGAGGAGACCCAGUUUUACAUUUCUGAGACGGUGUUGGCCAUCGAUGCCAUUCACCAGCUGGGAUUUAUCCACAGGGACAUCAAGCCAGACAAUCUCCUGCUGGAUGCCAAGGGUCAUGUAAAGCUGUCUGAUUUUGGGCUCUGCACAGGUUUAAAGAAAGCCCACAGAACAGAGUUCUACAGGAACCUCACACACAACCCACCAAGUGACUUCUCAUUUCAGAAUAUGAACUCAAAGAGGAAAGCAGAAACAUGGAAGAAGAACAGGCGACAGCUGGCAUAUUCUACUGUGGGAACCCCAGACUAUAUUGCUCCAGAAGUGUUUAUGCAGACUGGGUACAACAAACUGUGUGACUGGUGGUCCUUGGGAGUGAUUAUGUAUGAAAUGCUAAUAGGGUAUCCACCUUUCUGCUCAGAAACGCCACAAGAGACUUACAGGAAAGUUAUGAACUGGAAAGAAACGUUGGUAUUUCCUCCAGAGGUGCCCAUUUCAGAGAAAGCAAAGGAUUUAAUUCUAAGGUUUUGUAUUGACUCAGAAAACAGAAUUGGUAGCAAUGGAGUAGAGGAAAUAAAAAGUCAUCCAUUUUUUGAAGGGGUAGACUGGGGACAUAUCAGGGAAAGACCAGCUGCAAUCCCUAUAGAAAUCAAAAGUAUUGAUGAUACUUCCAACUUUGAUGAAUUUCCUGAGUCGGAUAUUUUACAGCCAGUGCCAAACACGACGGAACCUGACUACAAAUCCAAAGACUGGGUUUUCCUCAAUUACACCUACAAGAGGUUUGAAGGGCUCACCCAGCGUGGCUCCAUCCCUUCCUACAUGAAAGCUGGGAAGUUGUGAAACACAACACAACCCCCCAAAGGAAAUUGCAAACACAAACCUCAGGUAGCUGCAUCACCAGGCCCGCUUGGCGUUAGUUAUCAGCACAUCGACUCUGGUGCGCAUCGAUUUCACACGGAAAUUCUACAGGAUUAGGAUUUCUAAGACUACUACAGGAAUUAGUUGGCAGUGCCAGCUGGCUUUUCUUUUUGCUUUUUUUUUUUUUUUUAAUAUUUGACUAUUUUUGUUAACUUUAUUAUACAAAGGUACUGGAAUAAAAGGAACAUGCAUCGCUUUUCCUGCACUGCCUACGUGUGGAUAACGGUUAAUUAUGCCUCUCUGUACUGUGGCUUUGUUUGUACUGUAAACCAUCUAAUCCACCCAGGAGGGAAACAUAUCAUUUGAUACAGCAUUGUUGUUGUACUGCUCACCUGGUGGGGUUUAGAUAUGCAGUAUAAAGAAAACUGUCCACAUUUGCAAACCUCUCUGAGCAGUUGCUCAAGAAUGUUCCAUUUGUGGUCUGCAGAUCCACCAUGAGUGUAGCACAUGGAAUUAUUUUAAAUAGCAGUGUCCUCUGGGCCUCCUUGUGUGCCAGUGCAGGACUUUGUCAGCCCUGUAUCAUCAUCCCUUUUGUCCCUUUGCCCACAGUGUGUGGCAGUGAGGUAGUCCCUGUGAUCUGUUUAGUGGUAUUUCUGCUUUAAAUGAUCAGUGGCACUAUUGCUGUUAGAGGUGAUGAUGGCUGCUAGCAAUUUCAGAAGAAAAAAUGAAUCUGAAUAAAAAGUAUCAAUAGUUUUAGCAGAAGGGAAACACUGAUGCAAACUUUUGAGGAGAUGGCAGAGUUUCCAAGACUGCAUUCCUGCCUCUGCUCUAAAGCUGCUCAUAAUUCUAACAUUCUCUUAUUUCUAUGUAAAAUGUGUUCUAGAGAAGUGAUCAGAUUGGUGCUUUUUUUCUUUUUUUUUUUCCCUUCCCUGAGCAGCUGCAAGCAGAAGGGAUCCUGCUGUAUCCUCUCUGGAACUGCAGCUUCUGCUCACGCAGAGGAAAUGGAGUGGGCCACUAGACUCAGACUCUCCUUUUCUUCCAGGAUCUCCACCUGGCAUGGCCAUGGGAUUAGAAGGGAUUAGCUGAGCCUGCAGCUCAAAUUCCAGGGACCACCUAAAUGUUCUUGUGGCCAGUCUGCAGGAUGGUGACAAACAGGUCUCCUUCCCCUGGGCAGAGGAAACAGAAGCAGAAAUGGCUCCAUGUGCAGGCUCUGGUUUUGUUCAUCAACCCAGCAGCAGUUCAGGACUGAGUUGCACGCCCUGAGCAGUUCUCAAUUAUCUGGUCGCUGGUGACUUUCUCUGCCUGUGCUCAGCUUAUCUGCAGGGCUUUGAAUCUGUCACAGCGGUGAUCUCUGCUGUCACUUUCUGGUCAAAAGAGAUGUACAGCCAUGAACAAUUCCCCAGUGGCUGAACAAGCAGAGUCACUGUUGCUGUCUCCCUCCUCUGAACACCAGUGUAAGGCUCCCUAAAACCUCUGCAGCCCCCUCUGAGUGGAGCACAGGAUGUUGUGGCAUACAGCAGGAAUGAUUGCACUGGACAGACUUUCGUAGCAAUAUGGAAACUACUAUUUUAAAGCCAUCAGAGAAAUAUUUAUUGCUGUUAGGCACUGUGGCUGUUCUGAAUUAUUUGUAUGCUCUGAAAAACAUAAUGGGAUGUUCAUCUGUUGCAUAAAAGUCCUUUUGCCAGUAAGAUAUCUGUGCAUCCAUGCUUGUGAUGAACAGGUAGUGUUCCCUGAUCCAGUCAGGAUCCCUAAUCCAGCCUUUCCCUCCAUGGUUUUGUCUCCCUUGAAGCAUCUAAUAUCUGUUAUUUAUACCAGUUUCAGUCUUCAGCUCCUCAAAGAGGAGUAGCCACAGCCUCAGGAUCCUCCAGUGUUACAUCAGAGCAAAGCUAAGCUGAGCUUCUGCCUGAAUGCUGGACUGAGGUGGGAACAGCUCCUUGAUCUCCCAGAUUUGCUUCCCAGACCUUACACUAAUUAACAUCCCUGUACUGCUGUUGGGGCAAGGUCCUUAAAAAUUCUCCAGUGUUGUUCUUAGCCUUGUCAGGCCCAAUCUGUGGCCAUUCCAAAGGCUGUACAAAAACAAUAACUCACUUAAAUCCACUUUUCAGGCAUUGUUCUGCUAGUGCCCCAACAUCUCCUGAGGCUUCUCAGGAAAGGAAAUGCCUUUCCUAAGGCCUUGACUCCAAAACAGGGAAGCUCAGGCAGAAAAAAAAUUCCUGAGAUGCAAACUUGGCCUCAAAGGACACUGCUAUUCAAAACUAUUUUCAUUGGUUUGAAUUUCCAGUCUCAGCCAUGGGGCACCGUGUGCACUGGAAUUGGAAUUCCUGCAAACACCACCUUUCAGAAGAGCACAGUAACCCCAUUAACAUGACCUACAAAGAAGUCUUUGCUCAAACUUGAGGCAAACUCAGUUUCAUGGAAACUGCAAAUGCUCAGUGAUACUGGUGAUUUUUUUUUUCCUGUGGGGCUUAGGGGAGGGCAGAGAAAUACACACUUAAUUUAAAGCUAUCUAUUAAACAACUGUCUGUACAUACUCACUGGUUUACAAACUCGGGAGAAAGCUCAACCCAUCUACUUGCAACACUAAAGAUAAUACUAAUUUAAAACUGCAGAUGAUUAAUCAUAUCAAUGCUCACAUAGGAGUUAUAUCCAUAAGGAAACAGCCUGCAGCCUAUCUAGCAUAAACUCCUGUGUUGUGGUAGUUGACUUUUAAAAUUUUUUUUUUGGUAAACAUAGCAUUAUUUUAAUCAGUAAGUCAAGUUAAACAAUAUUAACUACUGCUUUUAGGAUGAUAGGGUUUUUUCCAAGGUGAAACUGUGACACUGUAAUGGAUUAAAGAGAACAGUAGGUUAAUCUACACUGGCUUUCAAAAAAAUUGAAGUGCAACAUAUCUUUAAUUUUGUUAAUUCUGUCUGAUUCUUUUGGAUGGUUGUGUGUUUUCCUUUGGCAAUGUUUGUCACUGUGCCAUUUAUUUUACUUAUUCUUGGAGUACCAAAGAUCCUGAAAUGGCUUGAUGAUUGCAACCAUGUGAAAAUUUAUUUUCUGGAAGUAUGUUUUGUUAAACUUUUGUUAAAACGUGAAAUUGUGUAUGCAAAUUGUUACCAGAGGUUUGCUGGGACGUUUACCUAUUCCAGCAGGGAAAACUUGAGCGUGUCGAUGGAAGUGGAGGACUGAAUCCAAAUUGUGGAUUGGAAUUCCCUGAGAGUGGGGAGGAAGCUUGGAUUGGGAACUGCAGCUGAGCUUUUGCACUUCGUUCCAUCUCCAGUCAGCACGAGUGAGUGGCCUUAGGUACAGGACAUCAGCAGCGGUUGUCUCAUGUGCAAAAGGAGUUUAAAAACAAAUUGCCAGCAUUCAGAAAUCAAAUCUUGUUGAUACUGCAUUUGCACUGUUCAAUUUGCCUUGCUGGAGAGUUAUAGAGGUGUUAUUUUUAUAGGUCAAUUGUUCCCCACCUGAGCCGUUGGAGACAGUCUGGGAUAAGGACACCUGCUGGGGGGAGUUCAGCUGGGGGGCACCAGGAAUGGGCACCAGGAACAGCACACAGCUCUGCUGUCAGCUCCUUCCCCAGAGGUGUGACACUCCUCCUGUGCCCAGCAAGCAGGGAAUGCUGCAGUCUAGCCCAGGUAAUGCAUAGGAAGUGCUCUCACUUUCUCAAUAACACGAGCAAUUGUAACACUCUGUACCUUGUCCUCUUACUGUUGGGAUCUCACAGCAGCUCGUUCUUGGAGUCAAAAUGGCAACUGCUAUAUUUUUCCUAGACUGUUUCGUUAGUUGUGGUUGGGAAAGUUACAUAGAAGCAUUAUAAAAAUUUAUAUGAGGCUUUUUACAGCAUUUGAAAAUAAAAGUAGCAUUCUUUUUGUAAA